GGCACUUUGCUCAUCAAUGAAUUUGGCUAAACUUUCACCAUGAGGUCGGCACCUGUCGCUCGUCUUCAAGUAUUGCAGCAAUGAAAUCGUAGAGCAUACUCUCACCUCGACCAUCUGUCUGUGUGUGUCUCCCAAUCUCUCCCGUCAUGUCUGACCCUAGGGAUGCCCCUCAAGUGAGCCGCAGGAUCAGCGAGGUCCUUCCCGAUGAUCGACAGGACGGCUCUAGUAGUGAGGAUGACUACAACAGGAAGAUAGAGGUGGUCUUCGAUAGUGAGGUUGUCCGCCGACGCAAAUCCUCAACCGUGCUCGCUGAAACUCCUGUAAUCGAGAAGCCGAAGAGAAUCCAGGCUGCGCGCACCAAGUCCCAGUGCUUGGUCCACAAGCUGGUCGAGAAAAGCUCGUUGGGUCAACAGCCCAAAGUCGAAUCAAAGCUCGAACAGAUCGACGAAAUAGAGCCUGCUUCAAGGCUGGACGCCAAUGGACAGAACUCGGGCAAAGAGGAGGUCCGCGCGACAGAGUCCCGGCUGCUCACGAAGAAACAGUUGAGUGACAUGGCCAUGAGUGUGAGGACAAUGGCGAAGCGGCUGGGCAAUCUCAAGGUCAAGCUGCGGGUCCGGGCCAUCUUCCUGCUCACCAAGAUUUAUGACAAGACGUUGAUUACCAAAACGAAAGAGGUGACGAGGUGGCUGCUUUCCAAGGACAGAUCUGUACCUUACAUUGUGUAUGUCGAGGACAGCUUGAAAGACAACCCGGCCUUCGAUGCUGAGGGUAUUUGUGCCGAGGACCCUUCCUUUCGAGAACGUCUGAGGUAUUGGGAUGCCGAACUGGCCCGGAGACACCCCCAUACAUUUGACUUUGUGGUAACACUGGGUGGUGACGGGACAGUCCUUUAUGCGAGCUGGCUGUUCCAGAGAGUGGUGCCGCCUGUGCUAUCCUUUGCGUUGGGCUCGCUGGGAUUUCUCACCAAAUUUGACUUUGAAAACUACCAGCAUAUACUCUCACAGGCUCUUAAGGAUGGCGUGACGAUCAGUUUGAGAUUGCGGUUCGAGGGCACUGUGAUGCGGACCAACAGGCGAGCCGACGACGCAGAAUGCCGAGACAUUGUGGAAGAACUGAUCGGCGAGGAAGCCGAUGAUCGAAACACCCAUAGACCGGACCGGACGUUUGAGAUUCUGAACGAUAUCGUGGUUGACAGGGGUCCCAAUCCGACAAUGUCAACCAUUGAACUUUUUGGAGAUGAAGAACACCUUACGACUGUGCAAGCUGAUGGGAUUUGUGUCGCCACUCCCACAGGAUCGACUGCUUACAAUCUUGCUGCGGGAGGUUCACUGUGUCAUCCCGAGAAUCCAGUUAUUCUCGUCACAGCCAUCUGUGCCCAUACUCUAUCAUUCAGGCCCAUUAUUCUCCCGGACACGAUUGUUCUUCGAUUGGGGGUUCCUUUUGAUGCACGAUCGAACUCGUGGGCAAGCUUUGACGGGCGGGAGAGAAUUGAGCUAUUUCCAGGCGACUAUGUGACCAUUUCGGCCUCUCGAUAUCCGUUUGCUAAUGUCAUGCCACCUGGGCGCCGAAGUGAAGAUUGGGUCAACAGCAUCUCAAGGACUUUACAGUGGAACUCAAGACAACGGCAGAAAGCGUUUCAUGAGUGGGGCGGUGUAAAGACAGUGAAGGAAGCGGCCAGCAAGGAGUAAUAAGCGCAAGACCAGUCGAGUCCGAGAUCCCAGACGACCCGGGCUGAUAUAGACUAGAAUUUCGAGGGGCCGCAGAUAACGAGAUGGAGCGGGUUAUGGUCCUGAGGAGCUUACCCAGAGGUGACCACCCGGGACUCAAUCUGAUGCCAUGACUUUUCAGGAGAACCAACGAUGAUGAAGGGGGGCAGAAAGGCUUGUUGAUGGAGUUGUUAUAUGACGAUAUAUCAUUGCGGGAACAUGCGGCACCACGCUGCUGCGACGCUCGAGCAAGACAAUAUACCCAAGAAACAGAUUGAGGCUGUUGAAUCAUGGUUGCCAGUCCUGGUGUCGCCGAUCAACGCCUUUUUCUUUGUCCUCUGUCUGCCUCAACCUUGCCAGAUUCCAGGCAUAUUCGCAGCUUUGCUCCCUUAUGGCUCGACU